CCUCAUUCUCUCUCUAACCCCAUUUCAUCUUUCUUUCCUCUUUCUAAAGCCGUUUAUGAGAUUCUUCCCAAUGGUUUUUUCUCUUCCAUUGAAUUGUGCAGAUUUCCAGCUGAAAUAUGGAAAUUAAAUCUCUUCAAUUUUAGUUGACUUGUGGCUAUUUAUGUGAAUUUUUUUCCUCUGGGAAGCUAUUGAACGAACUGUUAGGGGGGUUUUCUUGCUUCUUUUUUCUUCUGUAAACUAUCAUUCUGGGUUUGUUUCAGAAGAGGCUUCAUACGCAGUUGUGUAUGCCGCAAAAGGAUUGAAGAAAACUAUUAUAUUUCCAGAAAAUUCCAUCUCUAUUUUUUUUUCCGCCAAUAAAAAAAUAUUUUCCUCUGGUUUCUGUAAAUUUCCUCAUAUUUAUUUUUCUUACCUUUGAGAAAAAUAGAGAAAGACAUGGUUAAGCAAGGGCCUUGCUAUCACUGUGGAGUUACAAGCACACCACUUUGGCGCAAUGGGCCACCAGAAAAGCCAGUGCUAUGCAAUGCAUGUGGAUCUCGAUGGAGGACAAAGGGAACCCUAGCAAAUUAUACCCCUUUACAUGCUCGGUCAGAAACCGAUGAUUAUGAGGAUCAAAGGCUUUGUAGGGCAAAGAACAUAUCAUUAAUUAAGAACAAAGAAGUGAAAUUGCUCAAACGAAAGCAGAACCAUGAUAAUUUAGUAUCUGGAUGGGUUGCCUCUGGUUACAACCAGGGAUCUCAAAAGGUUAUAGAUGAAGAUGCAAGCAAUAGAUCAAGUUCAGGAUCAGCUGUUUCUUACUCAGAGAGCUGUGCUCAAUUUGCUGGAACAGAUGCUAGCGACUUGACAGGUCCUGCUCAGUCAGUGGUGAGGGAUGGCAUGGUGCCCUCAAAAAAGAGAUCCUGUGUGAACCGUCAAAAGCCAUCUUCUGUUGAGAAGCUCACAAAAGAUUUAUAUACUAUCCUUCAUGAACAGCAGUCCUAUUUCUCUGCAUCUUCUGAAGAGGAUCUCAUUUUUGAUAGUGAAACACCAAUGGUCUCUGUUGAGAUAGGACAUGGAAGUGUUCUCAUUAGGCAUCCUAGCUCUAUAGCCCGUGAAGAAGAAUCUGAGGCUAGUUCCCUUUCAGUUGAUAACAAGCAAUGCCCAACGAGUGAGGCAUAUUCAUACUCUGGUGCUGUUGAUAUGCGUAAUGAUUUCACUGGCAUGAAUUUUCCAUCUCAGGGAGUUGAAAAUAUCAACUACUCUGCUAGCCCAGGAAUUCAGCGGGAGAAACUGAAAAGGGAGCCUGAAACUUCACAAAUCCUUGGAUAUCCUGACUCACCACUGUGCUUGAUAGAUUUAACGGAUGUUGUAAACUCUGAGGUGUUCUUCACGAACAUGACGAAUGAGGACCAGCAAAAAUUACUGAAGUGUCUCCCUGCAGUUGAUACUGCUAAACUUCCUGACAGCCUUAAAACCAUGUUCAACAGCUUUCAGUUCAGAAAGAACUUAACUUACUUUCAACAGCUUCUCGGGGAAGGUGUCUUUGAUACCUCUUCACUGGGGUCAAACGCUGGUGAUUGCCAGGCUUUGAAACGGCUCGCAUUAUGUGAUUUUUCACAGUCAAAAUGGGUGGAGCAAUACGAUUUACUUAAGAGAUGCAAAUACCGAGAUGAAAAAUCUGUUGCUUUUGGAUGUACUGGCACUGCAUCCAGUAAUGCUGCAAACGAGAAGAGAUUGUGUGACAGCACAGAACAAACUUUUCCUGAACUGAAGUCAACAGUUAAGAGCCCCCAAAGGGUGAUCAUGAGGGCUGGUAGUGAGGGCAAGGAAGUCUUUGGAGAUGGCUCUUGCUUCAGUCCAAAAGGCCUAUUGGCUUUGCCCACUGAUGGCAGCCCCCAAAUGCUGGAUUCUUUCAACUUCGUCGACGAGAGUUCUGAUCAAGAUCUGUUGCUCGAAGUGCGAUCUAACAGUUCUUUUCCAGAAGCAGAACUGCUGCAUCCAGCCUUAAGAUUUGGUACUCAGCCCAGCAAUAGCAGUAGCUCGGCAUACCAGCAUGUUGCCUAUUACUGAUCACUCUUGUCUUGUCAGGUUUCUUGGGUGGCCAUGGCCUAAGCCUUGUGUCUUGAUGGGGGUAUGCAUAUUUUGCAUCUUAAUUACCAAAAUCCCCUGUACAAGAUAUAUGAUGGCUGAUGCUUUUGUUAUUAUACAACCUUUUGGAGCUUGGAUUGCUAAGGGAUGAAAUUUGGGUGGGGCUUUUUUGUAUAGGUUUGAUGACAGAUUGUAACAUAUAGCAUGAAACGCAGAGCAACGGAUCUCCGGAGUUUUGAUUGCUCUUGUACUUUAUGCUGUGAAUAAUUUUAGUCCCCUGUUUUCCCCUAUAAACAUCCCCACCAUCUCUAACGUAGGUGAAGGAAAAUGGCAUCCGGACAAAAACAUAAUGGGAGGUUGUAGUUUAGACUGGAAGUAAGAUUGAGCAUGAGCCAAAGAAGGCCAGGUUGGACUCCAAGUGGAGGGGA